UUGGCCUCAGACAAGAGCAGCAGUAACAUGGAGCCCUUCCCCCAGUCUGCAAACAUGCACAUGAACUUUGAGGACUCCCAGGCAGUCCUGGAGGACUACGCCGAUGUGGUUCAGUAUGAACGCGGCCAACUAAAUCCCGAUGAGCAUCAGGCUGACCCUCUAGACAAGGCGUCCACCUACACCUUGACGAACGUGGUGCCUCAAAUCAGGGAGUUCAACAUGGGUCCUUGGGCGGAACACCGAGACAUCGUCCGAAAGCGCCUCAACAACUACUGCCGCGGCAAAGCCUUUGUGAUCACCGGGGUCACCACUUCUGGACACACGAUCCGUCGCAACAACCAGGAACGGGUAGCUGUGCCCGAGUACAUGUGGUCGGCCUACUGCUGCACCGAGUUCGACCAAAAUGCGCCGUACUUUGUGCGCUAUAAGUUCCCUGUCUUUGGUGCAUAUGGGCUAAAUGAUCGUGUCAACAACCAAAUGGUGGAGGUUCCUCUCAAAAAUCUAGAGAAAUUCCUCAAGGGGAGGAUGGAUGUGGACAAGAACUUCCAGAUUUUCUAUAAAGAUUGUGUAUCAGAUAAAUGA